AUGUUGAAAUCCUCACUCAUUGCUUUGGUGACUCUACUUGGACCAUCUAGCGUCCAAGCUCAAAGUCCCAAAUACCUCACUAGCAACACAGGCGUUCAAUGGCCUUUGUAUAUCGCAGAAGUUUCCGGUUCUUAUAGCCAAGCACCAAGUAGCGAUGGUAGUCAAACCAACGCCGAUGAACUCUAUGUGGUCUGUAAUUGGCAAGAUCCAUCCAAUUCAGGCAACUACUUUGGAUGUAGAUACGAUGGUGCAGCCAGUACCGGCUCGAAAUUUUCCAGCGGUCGUCUAUGGAACGGGGGAGGGACAUACUCAUCUCAAAGUUGCCCUACAAUAGAUUCUGAUAAGCCCAGACCUAGUCCCGGGGUAAGUUAUAGGAAAAGGGAUGUACAAGCGAGCCAAUUCGUGUGUCCAACCCAGCAAGUCGAUGCGGAAGACCCUGUUUUCCUCACGUACUUCGAUGCUAUGGUUCGAGAUGGUACCCUUCAAUACGCCAAUGAGGCAUGUCCUACUCAACUAUGUCAAGCUGCGCAGCCAUACACUAGACGAAGACGAGGACUCCCUCAACCUGCCUAUACGAGACAAACUUCGAGACAGCAAAUUGUUGCCAGACGAAAGAAGAUCGCCCAACGAGAAUCUGCUCGGGCAUGA